GAAGAGCCGUGUUUUGUUUACCAGUGCUGCUCGAGAGGUCACAGGAGGCGGUUGUGCACGACGUUGCUCCCCGGCACAGGAAAAUAUGUCUGAGACAGGCGCAUCCCCAGCUAAAAUGAAGAAGCUAGAGGCAGUCCCGGGCAACGAGGCGAGUGAGGGGCGGGAGUAUGACCCAGAGACACAGCGGGCACUAGAGGAUAUUGACGCAUGCCAGAAUGAAAUUGACCAGCUGAACGAGAAGGCGAGCGAGGAAAUUCUCAAAGUAGAACAGAAAUACAACAAAUUGAGGAAACCUAAUUUUGAGAAGCGCAGCAGCAUCAUUCAGAGGAUUCCUAACUUCUGGGUCACCGCUUUUGUGAAUCACCCACAAAUCUCGGCCAUCCUGGAGGAGGAGGAGGAGGAGUGUCUGCACUACCUCAGCAAGCUGGACGUGGAGGAAUUCGACGACAUCAAGUCUGGAUACAGAAUCAAAUUUUUCUUCGACGAGAACCCAUACUUUGAUAACGAGGUGUUGACCAAAGAAUUCCACCUUGGCUCCACAGGGGACCCCGCCUCACACUCGACAGACAUCAAAUGGAAGGACGGACAUAACCUCUUGCACAGAUUUCGCCAGCGUACACAGCAGCAGCAGCAGCAGCAGCCGGGCGGGGGGGAGCGGGGGUCAGCCGGGGCACGCAAGAGGCCGCUCGAGCUGAGGUCAUUCUUCUCCUGGUUCUGUGACCAUGGCGACCCCUCCGCUGAUGAGAUUGCCGAGGUUAUCAAGGACGACAUGUGGCCAAACCCCCUCCAGUAUUUCUUGGUUCCCGACAUUGAGGUGGAGAACGGAGAGGGGGAGGAGGAGGAGGAGGAGCUGGAGGAGGAAGAGGUGGAUGAUAAUGUGGUGGUGGUGGAGGAGGAGAUUGAGGAGGUGGAAGAGGAGGGGCCCGAGGAUGAUGAGGAGGAGGAAGAGGAGGACGAGGAUGGACAAGGAGAAGAGGAUGGCGAGGCAGACGAGUGAGAGGAAGUUCAAGAAGACAGAUGAAGAAGAGAGGGAGAGAACACCACCACCACCACUACCUACACAUACAGAGACAGAGAGAGAGAGAGAGAGAGAGCAACCAGCAACCAGCACUACCUACCACUUCUUCCCUAAAAAUGUGUGUGUGUGUGUGUGUGUGUGUGUGUGUUCUUGUUUCUUACGGUUUUAUAUUACUUACUGCCCUUCUGUACGUUUGUAUGUGUGUAUGUGUUGGGUAUGUUGGGCUCUGUGUGUGUGUGUGUGUGUGUGUGUGUGUGUGUGUGUGUGUGUGUUUAUGUACAAGUUUUUUAAUAAUUUCAUGAGUGUUUCUGAUAUUUUGGUGUUGCAAACAUUAUUUUAAUUAGAUCUCUCUCUCUCUCUCUCUCUCUACACCACAAACCCACAGUAUGUCCCCCACAGCCCCUCACCACACAGUGACACCCCCUCCCACUCUCUCUCUCUCUUGUACUCAGUCACAAACCACAGCCCUCUCACCACACACACACCUCUCUUACUACACACUCACUCUGACACACUCCAUGCAAAACAGCACCCUCUUUCUCUCUCUCUCUCACACCACACACACCCCCCAUACAAAACACGGCACCCUCUUCCUCCUCUCUCUCUCACACACACACACACAUUUUCUACAAGUGACAAAGUUAGAAGAGUGGAAUAGUUAAGAUACAAAGCAAUGAUGAUGAUGAUGAUGUUUGAUCCAUUCCUAAUAAUUAAAAAGGUCAGUUUUGU